AUGAGCGUGGCCUUGCGCCGGUGCCGUCCGGAUGGCUCCACGUUGCGAUCAAUCGGAUCUUUUUCAGCUCGUUUAAACGUCUCGAGCGGACCUCUACCAGCUCGCAGCUCUGUUGCACGUUCUCUGAACACAUAUCGACGACCCAUACAGCCUCGUUAUCUCGGUUUAGCCCCCAAUGGAUUGGCUUUGGUCCGUGGGCUGAAGUCCGAUGCCGCAGCAAAGAAGCCUAUUCGAAAUGCUCUUCACAAGACGUUUACUGCCUGCGGAGUGUUUGUGAUUGGCUCCAGUAUCUGUAUUGUUGGCUUUUUCAUUUACGAUGCUACCACCUACCGCGAAAUUCGUUCGGGAGAAGAUAUCCCUAUCUCAGAAUUGGCGCUUAAUCCACGUAUUGGUGGUCCCAAGAAUCUCCCUAUCGCAGAGUUCCUUGUUAGCGACUACGAUUCCGACGAAAUGAUUACGCAGAAGGACAAGCCACGUCUGGUGAUCCUAGGAACUGGUUGGGGCAGCAUCGCGCUAUUGAAGGACUUGAAUCCUGGUGAUUACCAUGUUACUGUUGUUUCACCCACGAACUAUUUCCUAUUUACUCCCAUGCUGCCAUCUGCGACAGUCGGUACAUUGGGUCUCCGUUCAUUGGUUGAACCUGUCCGGCGCAUCAUUGAUCGUGUUAACGGUCACUUUAUGAAGGCUACAGCUACGGAUGUUGACUUUUCAGAGAGGCUUGUUGAGGUCUCGCAGGUUGACGAGAGUGGUACAACCAGAAAUUUCUAUAUUCCAUACGACAAGCUCGUUGUUGGCGUUGGUAUGUUUGAUCCUAGUACACCUCGACGCUGCGUUACAAACCCGCAUGGUGUCAAGGGCCUGGAGAACUGCAACUUCCUGAAAACAAUUGAUAACGCUCGUGAAAUCAAGAACAAGGUCCUGGAUAACAUGGAAUUGGCUUGUCUUCCCACCACUUCCGAUGAGGAGCGCAAGCGUCUCUUGUCUUUUGUGGUCUGUGGUGGUGGCCCAACCGGUGUUGAAUUUGCUGCUGAGCUUUAUGAUCUGUUGAACGAGGACCUGUUGCAUUCUUUCCCUCGUAUUAUUCGGAAUGAGAUUUCUGUCCACAUCAUUCAGAGCCGCUCUCAUAUCCUAAACACAUAUGAUGAGGCGCUAUCCAAGUAUGCCGAAGGCCGGUUUUCUCGCGACGGCGUCGAGGUAUUGACCAAUGCUCGUGUCCAAGAAGUGAAAAACGACCGUGUUGUUUUCAGUCAGGUAGAAGAUGGGGAGACUAUUACCAAGGAGAUCCCCACUAGUUUCUGUCUAUGGUCGACCGGUGUUGCUCGCUCUGAAUUAUCUGAAAAAAUCUGCGAUAAGCUUGAAGGACAAAACAAUAAGCAUGCCAUUGAGACCGACUCCCAUCUCCGCGUGAUUGGUGCCCCAUUAGGCGAUGUCUACGCCAUUGGAGAUUGUGCUACUGUUCAGAACAACGUCGCUGAGCACGUCAUCAAAUACCUGCGCACUAUCGCAUGGGAGAAGGACCUCGAUCCCGAGAAGGUGCAGCUCACCUUCUCUCAGUGGAGCGAGGUUGCCAGCAAAGUGAGGAAGCGCUUCCCGCAAGCCUCUAGCCACCUCCGUCGAGUCGACCGUCUCUUUGAGCAAUACGACAAGGACCAAUCCGGAACCCUCGACUACGGCGAGCUGAACGAGCUCCUUCACCAGAUUGACACCAAGCUUACCUCCUUGCCAGCAACUGCCCAGCGUGCGAAUCAGCAGGGUUUGUAUUUGGGCCGCAAGCUGACCAAGAUCGCUGCUGCCCUUCCUGGUCUUAUAGCCAAUGAGGUUAAUUACGGUGAUCUUGACGACACGGUCUACCGCGCUUUCAAGUACACUCACCUCGGUAGUCUGGCGUACAUUAGUAACGCGGCUAUCUUCGAUUUCGGUGGCAUGAGCUUCAGUGGUGGUAUUAUCGCUAUGUAUCUCUGGCGCAGUAUCUACUUCGCUCAGAGUGUCAGCUUCCGCACCCGGUGCAUGCUGGCAAUGGACUGGGCGAAGCGCACUCUUUUUGGAAGAGGUAUGUCUAUUCUACUUCUGUCUUCAUUAUUGGAACAAAACUAA